AUGAGAGGCAUUGGGGGCGAAGGUGACGAGGAAAUAGGGCUUGUUGACGAAGAAGAGCGGCGUCAGAGUAUCCCUGGAUCCGCUGUGUCUACCCAUUUCCCCCCACCUUCCUCAACGACAAGUAGCCACUUCCCUGGCAUUUCCAACAAUUCUCCAUUCGAACCCGCCCCUCGGAGAGAUGCGUUCGAAUCGGAUGGAUUCCCUGCUGGUUCUCAAUUUUCCGUGCCUGCACUCCCUGCAAACAACCGACCCUUCUAUCCAAGGCAGAUGGGCGCUGCCGCACUACCAUCCGGCGAGUUUUAUCCAGUAACUGCUGUCAACGGGCAACCAAUCGAUGAGUAUGAAUUCCCUCCCCGACAAACAUUCGGCACCGGAGCUUCUUCGUCCGCAGCAGUAGCAGCAGCUGGUCGUCCGACGUACCCCAAUGGAACCUUGUAUCCAGGCGCUGGUGCACCGUCUUCCUCUGGCUAUGCCGCUGAUUUACGUCGAGCCAGUUGGGACUCGUCAGCAGCAGCAACCGACGCCCGUCGUCCAAGCUGGGAUGCGAGUGGUGCGCACGCUUCUUCUGUCAGCUCCCCGGCAAGCUCCGUGGUUGGCUUAGGCCUCACUGGUGGCAGUGGCGGGGCACGUAGUGUCGGCAGCAGCGCCGGAAACACCACGGCAGGCAGCUCCAUCUCGGGAAGCAUGGGUGGUAGUGGUGUACCUCCUGGCACGUCGUCGCCCGUGCUGAGCACCGCCUCCAGCGCCGAGUUUGGUGUUGAUGCGUCAGGGAUGGCCUACCGCCGGAGCUCGUACCCCCACUUGUACGCCGAUCCCCAGCCGCUCACGAUAGACCCGCCUGUCCCUGUGCCUCUACAGGGCAUUGAUCUCUCUGGACCCUCUGUGGACCUGUUUGGCCUCGCUUCAGCCACAACAGGCCCAUCAACUGAAAAUGUAGAAUGGCUCGCUCCACCUUCUGUCGAUAUUUAUAAACCUCUUGCUUCACCGGAGGAAGAAGAGUUUAUUUCAUGGAGCGCCUAUUCAUAG